AUGACUGCCGCGGAACCCGCCCCUCCCGACACCAAGCUCCUGGAAAACAUAUCCACCACGCUUUUCAACCUCUCGAUCGACACCCGGACCUCCGCGAGGUCCUCGGAACCCACCACACCCGGGGAUUCUCCCAUUUCUCUGGAUUCCGAGCUGAGGGGCUGGCUCUCCGACACCCUGAGCUUGGCUGCUACUAAUCCCACUGUAUACGUCAAGCUCCUCAUAUCCAAUGGCAUCGCGGGCUCCAUCAUCGGCAAGGGUGGCACCAACAUCAACGACUUCCAGGCCAAGACCUUUGCUCGGAUCCAGUUGUCCAAGAGCCAGGAGUACUACCCCGGCACCCAGGACCGCACCCUGCUCAUCUCAGGCCGCCUGAAGCAGGUGGUCGCCGCCCUGGCCCUCAUCCUGGACAAGCUGGUGGGGGAAGGGGCGGCCCCCUUUAGCCCCCGCUCCCGGCUGCACCAGGAGCCUGACAGGGCGCCGCGCCUGCUGCUCAAGAUGCUGGUCCCCCAACCCCUCUGCGGUAUUAUCAUCGGCAAGGCAGGGGCCACCAUCCGCUCCUUCUCCAACGACACCCAGACCACCAUCCGGGUGACCCACGGGGAGGGUGCCCCCCUGGCCCUGGCUCACCGCGUGGUGACCCUGUCUGGGGAGCAGUCUGGGGUCCUGAAGGCGGUGGCCCUGCUUGUCCUGAAGCAGAGCGAGGACAUCCAGUUCCCUCUCUACUCCGACCUGCCCUCCACCUACGCCUGCUCCCCCGCCUCGGUCAUGGCGGCGGGAGCGGGUAGCAUGUAUGGUGCCGGCGCGACCUCCCCGCCCCACUACCACUCUGACUCACCCCCGCACCACCACCAGGCGGGCCUGCCGCCUCGCCAGCCUCCCUAUCCGGGCAACUGGGGCGGGGUGGGCCAGCACGACGGCGCAGACGGGCGCUUCGCCUACCCCGACGCCCGGCAGUACACCCGCUUCGCGCUCACCAUCCCUCAGGAGCAGGCCGCCGCGCUGUCGGACGGCGGCUACACCCUGCUGAAAUCCAUACUGAGGCUGGAGCAUGGUUUCCACCGCCUGCCGGGCAUGGCGGGGAGGUACCGCGUGCUGAGCGUGUCCGGUACCGCUGUCAGCGUGCAGCAUGCGCACGCCCUAGUCUCCAGCCACCUGGCGGGCCUGCACGCCCAUGCCAUGGGCUACGCCCACCCGCAAUCCCCCGGCGGCGGCCCGGCCUGGGCGCACACCGUCGCCGGCUGCACCUACUACGCACCGCCGGUGCCGCCGCCCCAUGCCUGGGCGGCGGCGGCGCUGGGCGACGCCGGGGUCGCAGUGCACCCGCCCGCUGGGAGCUGGGUGGAGGCCGAGUCCACCAUCGAGGCCAGCAGCAGCGGGGAGGUGUCCCCCGGGCCCCGCGCGGCCACGCCGCCCGCCGAGCAGGCGACGGCGUGA